AUUCCCCUAGUGUAACGUCGGUCCGUCGGGCAUUUAGCAGAUGCACGUAGGUGUUGUUGGUUACCUGCCCGACUAUGCCACCCCCCUAUAUUCGCAAACACAGGUGAUAGGUUUCAGGUGAAAAACUAGGUGGAGACUGGAGACAUGUCCCUACAUGGACAAAGAAAGAGCUAAGUUUUCUUACGUAAGUUAUAGAGUAGAGCUCCACUCCAACAGCCGUCGAAAAGCACGCGAUUUAAGUUUAUAUCAUGGAGCAAACAGACAGGCUGCAUAACAGUCAGCUGAUUUACGUUAGCCGGAAAGACGCUACUCGGCUUCUGGAGGUGUACGUGAAGCGUAGCAUCAGCCUGAACGAUGGCACAGCACCUAGACACAGAGAAAAACUAAAUAACUGGACUUCGAUUAGAAACAGAAAAGUCCGCCGAUAUUCCAGUGAUUCCUCCAUCAUUUUGAGCUUGCCUGAUGAACCGAAGGCCUUGGUUGAAGCCCCGGUCACCCUCUCCAACCAGUCAGUGGACCAGGAGAAGAAGAAACCACGCAAGAUGCGCAAGAAGGACACGCUGAAGAAACUGAUGUCUUUUACAGACAAAAGGAUUAGCAGACAACCCAGUGAAACCAUCCAGUUCAGCACACACGACGACGCAGUUUUCAAACCGGAGGCCGUUGACGAAGUUCCCUUUGCGCAGCCUAAUAAAUCGGCGGACACGGAGAAGCCACGGAAAGCGGCCAAGAAGAGCAAGAAGAAACACUCGUUAUGGAAAAGUUUUGUGGGUUUCUUCACAGGGAAGGAUGCCCAGCAAAAAGAGGACACGGCGCCCAGCCCCGACGCCCUAGCUAAUCCAACACCGCUACUGGAGAUGCCUUCGCCCACAGGUGGAUUAUGCCUGCCUCUGCCCCAUCCCGGUACUUCCACAUCCACCAGAAGAAGAAAAUCAAAAAAACGGUCUUUCAAGAAAAGGCUCUCGUUUAGAAGAUCGUUUCGGAAAGAUGACAUCACCAACAUUGAAUCUGUUGCCAGUUUGGUACCUCCUGAUUCCUACUAUGAGAACGUGACAGACGAACUGGAGAAGAUUGUACAAGAAGUCCAAGACACAGACGAGAAGCUUACAAAUGAGGAUGUUAUUGACAGAAUCAUUGCUCUGAUGAAGCACGAAGGGGAUGCCAUAGAUAACAAGCUGAAGGAAAACCCCUCCAUCAGCCCUUUCUUCCAGACCAUGUCGUACAGCUCUUUCCAGCUCCUGGCUGACAGCUACGUAGACACAGAGAGCCCCAGCGUGCCUGGCCAGCGCCCCGUCCCCCACACUGCCCCGGAGCUGGUCAAGCUGGCCUUUACCCUGGACUUCACUGCCCGGGUGGCCAGCCUCUCCAGACACUCCAACCACAUCAUGGGCCUGGGUACCCGCUACCUAGAUGAGCGUUUCUCCUACACCAUGCAGGCUAUCCCAGAUCAUGCAGUGAUAAGCGAUUGUGAGUGAGGACGUAUAAAUGAAGAUCAACUGUCGGAUUGGGCCUCUACACCCUCUAAUGGAACUAUGUGUGAACUCUGAAAACCCAAACCAUGACGACGACCUUUGAACGUAAACUGAGAUAUAACGCUCCGGUCAAUCAACAGAAUAUUUCCCAGUUAUGAAGUCACGGGUUUACUUCAUGUAAAGUAGAGAGCUUACUGUCAAUUCACCUGUAAUCCCCCUGUAAAGAAUAGACUGUAAAUAAUGACACAUUUAAGAUGGCUCAAUAGAGACUUUACAGACUGCCUCAAUCAGCGAACCCUGUUAGAGGACCUAUAUGUAUCCACCAUGAAUGGACUGGAUGGGUUUACAGUGAAUACAUUUGACAGCCCUUAUCAGUACACUAACUUCACAUAAGCCAGUUAAGAAAAAGCUAUAAAUGUGUAUGUGUAGCCUUUUUAAUAUUUAGUAUUUAAAUGUACUUAAUGUUGUUGAAAUCAACUCAAUCCGGUCACCCUUUGACAUGAAACUGGAUUAAAAUGUAAAAUAAAUAUAAAUAGUAUGUGUAGUAAAACAAGAUGUGCAUGCAGGCAUGCACAUAUUGUUUGUAAAAAUGUAUGGUUUCUAUUUUUGCUACUUUUAUUAAAUGUCCUUAAUUUAUUUGGUCCCUGUACCCCCUCAUUGCUACCACUUCCUCUGCCUCUACCCCUUCCUCUACCUCUGCCUCUACCUCUGCUUAUACCCCUUCCUCUGGGUCUGUCUGUACCCCUUCCUCUGCCUCUACCCCUUCCUCUAUCUCAGCCUGUACCUCUUUCUCUGCCCGUAUCCCUUCUUCUGACAGGUUCUCAUCCUCUUCCUCCUCUUCCUCCCUACACAUGAAUGUCAGAGGUGCUUCUUGAUGGAUCACUACCUCCUGUAUCCAGGUCUCUCAGGUUGGUGAAGGGGGCCGGGCUUCUAGGCUGGAAGUCCACCCCCAGGCUAGGGUCAGAGAGGAGGCUCCAGGGGUGAGAGAGGCUGGCCUCUAUCUGGGGGGGCUGUAGAGGAAGAGGCUGGAGGUGGGGGCUGAGACACUGGACAGAAGAGUAGUCUCUCAGCUCAGUCUGCAGAUGAGGAGGCGGGGUGUGUGGGAGGAACAUGCCUCUAGAAAUCUCUGAAACGGACAAGCCUCAACAAGGAAAACACAUCCGUUUGGAGAGUGAAGUGUUUAACCCUUGUGCUGCCUUCGGGUCACAAUGACCCGACCACAAUGAUCCAAAGGUUCACAACGACCCAUCGUUGUGCUGCGACAACUUUAACCAAUACAUCAGCCAAUUUCUUUUAACGUUCGUGUUGUGGGGGGUGUGAGACAGCCCGACGAAUAAAAGAAAAUGCUAAACUUUAUUUUUGUAUGAGGUGAAGUUGUCGCUGCACGUGGGGGGGGUCACAAUGACCCGAAGAUAACAAGGGUUAAUACACUCUGAACAAAAAUAUAAGCGCAACCCUAACAUGCAAGAUUUUGUUAACAGCUCAUUUAACUGAAAUUGAUGGCAAAUAUGUUGUUGCAUAUUGUUGUUCAGUGUAGAAACCCGACCUAGAACCUGUUCUUAAUAUUCCAUUGAAACUCAGUUGGAACCUAGCCAAUGAAGUCAUUGUGAAAACCACAUGACUUGCAUGUGAAGUCUAACAAAACAUUUUUUUACGUUGACACGUGAUUUUUUUGCAGUGACGUCAGUCAAGACAGUAAUUGUACCUUAGCUGUAAGACUAAUCAACCUUCCUUCACAAGAAAAGGAGAACUUAGCAAUUACCAAACUCAGUUGCCAGUUCCGUAGAAAUAUGCCAGCUAUAACCACAGACUUUCUUGCCACUAGCAUUUGCAUGCUACGUCAGGUAACAUUCAUUGCUCGGCAGUAUCACUGCCUUCCCUCCGGUGUUUACCUUGUACUCUGACAACCACUUCUCACAAACACUGCUUUAAUCUGCCAAGCCACAGAAAAGUUAACACUUCGAUGGCACAGGUCGCUUCUUUACUGAGGAAGUUGAACUACUCGACCCUGUUAAAUAAGAUGAAAUCUCAUCAAUCCAGAUGACGAUAGUAGAAGGUUGUUUGCAAGAUGGGUCAGAUCCAUGAGAAAGGGAGAUGCUAAAAAUAUUAUCAA